GCCUGGACCAUUCAGUCCUCCUGACUUGGGUUCUCAAGUGCUGUGGCUCAGACAUGCCUUACCACACCAGGUGUGUGUUCUUGUGUCUACCCCACACUGGCUCCUGCUGCUUGAGUAACACUAGGCAGGGACAAGUUGCUUCCUGAAGGAUCCGUGUGUAUUGUUCAAAACACAAUCAGAAAAAGUGUCUGCAGACAGAUGGCCCACAUCUUCGUGUAUGGCACCCCGAAGUGGGGCCAACCCAACCACAAAGUCACGCUGGACCAGUCACAUGGCUUAGCCGCCUUCCGAGGCCGAGGCUGCACAGUUGAGUCCGCGGGCGAGCACAACAUACCUUGGCUGCUGGACCUGCCAGGCAAGGGCCAUUGCGUGGCAGGUGAGAUCUAUGAGGUGGCUGAGCAGAUGUUGUGCUUCCUGGAUGACUUCGAAGGCUGUCCCAGCAUGUACCAGCGUACAGCCCUGCAGGUGCGAGUGCUGGAGUGGGAGGGUGCUGGAGGCCCUGGGGACAGCGUUCAGUGCUUCGUGUACAAUACAGCCACCUAUGCACCCAAAUGGCUGUUUCUUCCCUACCAUAAAAGCUAUGAUUCUGAGGGCCCACACAGGCUAUGCUACAACCCCCGGGAAAACAGAUGA